GCGGGGCGGGGCGAGCGGGAGCGGGAAGGGGCCUGCUGCGGCCGAGGUGACACAUCUCUGCCUGCCAGGCCCGCAGCAGCUGGGCCAGCCGUUCACGGGAGCCCUGGCCGCCGCUCCCCGGAGGCUUUGGAAUGGACUUGUGCCACCCAGACCCCGCGGAGCUGAGCAGCGGGGAGACUGAGGAGCUGCAGCGGAUCAAAUGGCACCGGAAGCAGCUUCUGGAUGACAUCCAGAAGCUGAAGGAUGAGAUCGAAGAUGUGUUUGCCCAAAUUGACUGCUUCGAGAUUUCAGAGGAGAGCCGGAUGGCCCAGAAGGAGAAGGAGCUGUGCAUUGGGCGCAAGAAGUUCAACAUGGACCCCGUGAAGGGCAUCCAGUAUCUCAUUGAACACAAGCUGCUGACCUCCAAUGCCCAGGACAUUGCCCGGUUCCUGUACAAGGGCGAGGGUCUCAACAAGACGGCCAUCGGUACCUACUUGGGGGAGAGGGACCCCAUCAACCUGCAGGUCCUCCAGGCCUUUGUGGACUGCCACGAGUUCGCCAACCUCAACCUCGUCCAGGCCCUCAGGCAGUUCCUCUGGAGCUUCCGGCUGCCGGGCGAGGCCCAGAAGAUUGACCGGAUGAUGGAGACGUUUGCCACUCGCUACUGCUUCUGCAACCCAGGCGUCUUCCAGUCCACAGACACCUGCUACGUCCUGUCCUUCUCCAUCAUCAUGCUCAACACCAGCCUCCACAACCCCAACGUCAGGGACAAGCCGCCCUUCGAGCGCUUUGUGUCCAUGAACCGCGGCAUCAAUGCCGGCAGCGACCUGCCCGAGGACCAGCUGCGGAACCUCUUCGACAGCAUCAAGAGCGAGCCCUUCUCCAUCCCCGAGGACGACGGCGCUGACCUCACUCACACCUUCUUCAACCCUGACCGCGAGGGCUGGCUGCUCAAGCUGGGAGGCCGCGUGAAGACGUGGAAGCGGCGCUGGUUCAUCCUGACCGACAGCUGCCUCUACUACUUCGAGUUCACCACUGACAAGGAGCCUCGAGGAAUCAUACCCCUUGAGAACCUGUCGGUGCAGAAGGUGGACGACCCUAAGAAGCCAUUCUGCCUGGAGCUCUACAACCCCAGUUGCCGGGGCCAGAAGAUAAAAGCCUGCAAGACGGAUGGUGACGGCAAGGUGGUGGAGGGCAAGCAUCAGUCUUACCGGAUCUCGGCCUCCAGCGCCGAGGAGCGGGACCAGUGGAUCGAGGCCAUACGGGCCAGCAUCACCCGUGUCCCCUUCUACGACCUGGUCUCUGCUCGGAAGAAGAAGAUUGCCAGCAAGCACUGAGCUCCUGGGAGGGGUGCUGGGCCAGGCGUCCCGGAACCCCAUGACUAUGGUACCUGGAGACCCACCUCCCAGUCCAGGGCACCCUUUCCUGGCCUGCAGACAUCCUCCCCUCCCCCGUUACUUGGAGCUGACAGGACGGGGAGGCGGAGCUCAGGAAGGUGGGUGGGAACAGCUGAGGGCCCCGAAUGGCAAUGAGGCCCCUCGGCACCCAGCUGCUGCCAGGAGAGGCCUGAGGAAGCGGGCGAAGAGAAACCAGCCCCCGGCCUCUCUCUGGGCCUCAGUUUCCUUUUCUGUGAAUGUCUCCUCGCCCUCUGAAAUGCUGUCAGGCCUCACAGCAGGAGGGCCGUGGGGUUCCUAAGCUCCAUCCCCAGGGCUCUGUGUGCCUUCUGCCCAGAGCUCACUCCUCCUCCGGUUCUUGGAAAACUGAGGGAUGUCUUGGCCCCUCUGGACUCUGUGCUCCCCACCAUUGCACCCGGUGAGGGGUGCCUCAGCCCCAGUGCAGGCCCCAGUAGUCAGCCCCUGGCUGCCUCCCUCCUCUCGAACUGCUUCCUCCAGGCAGACCGACAGGAUUGCACCAGGUCUACCUAGGGAGCUUCCAGCUGGAGAUGUCUGCAUUUGUGUACUGAGCUGGAGGGGACUCUGGACUGGAAGCUGUGGGGAGCCCAGAGCAGAGUGGGCUCCGCCCUCGGGAUGCCCAUUUCAGGGGAGGCGCCGGCAGGACUCCCCAAGAAAAUGGCGCAGAACAUCCCAGACAGAUGUACUCGAGCAGGACUGGUGGCACAACCGAGAAGCCAAGAAGAGAGAGCUUGUGAGCGUGGAUUCCAGGAAGUCUGCCUGGAGGCAGCAGCCAAGUCGAUGAGUGACACGGAAGCUCAUGGCAGAGUCUCAGCCAGGCUUCCCUGCGAGACCCUUGAGCGGUUCCCGUGCUGGUGAGGGGCGGCCCAGCUGGCCCCGCAUCCCGGGACCCUCUGCAGCAGCCCGCGGAGAGCUGGCCGCAUCC